AAAUCCCUUCUCACUGGCAUGCUUCAAGUAGAUGGGAAAACCUAUACUAUUAUAGGCCUACAUUGGUAUAUGCGUCGGUAGAUUAGUGCUCCUCGUGGUAGUCACUGAUUCUAAUUUUCAUCACAAUUCCGGAUUUUCGACAAUGUCACGUCAAUACUGAGUAAAUAACAGAUGCAGCUUCUACGUGCGUGACCUACUGGCCAUAGGACGAGCCGGCACGUGGCAGUUCAGAAUAUAAACACGUGCGUAGUUUAUGGCUUCGAGAUACCUGUUUUCGACACAUUCCGUUUUGGUCUCAUUACAAAUUUAAGCGACACAUCAACAAUGACGUGGAUUAGAUGUCAAGUCUGUGAGGAAGAAACAUCUAAAUAUAGAUGUCCGAAGUGUGCCCUGCAGUAUUGCUGUGUUAGCUGUUACAAAAACCACAGAGAAACAAAGUGUGUAUCACUGCAAGAGAAAAUAAAAACAGAGUCUAUAUCCACUUUGGUAUCACACAAUAUCCAGCCAAGCAAAGAAAUUGAUGUCUUUUUCAAACCGGAGGACGAGGAGGAGGCAACAGAGGACACAAUGUCCAUACAACAGCUACGAGAGUUAGGCGAGUGUCCAGACCUUCACCAGCUAUUGGAGAAUCCUCAUUUACGUGACUUGAUGACUGGACUAACAAGGGCAGACAACCCUAGAACAGCCAUGGAUAAAGCCAUGCAGGAACCAAUCUUCACCGAGUUUGUGGAUCAGUGUUUAAGUAUUGUUGAGGACAAGGAUUGUGAGGAUUCCCUACCCUGGUCCUGAAUCUGUUGACCGGAGACUGUUGUACAUUUUAUAGGACAAGGACUGGCUACAAAAAAAUGUACCCUGGUCCUGAGUCUGUCGACCGGAGACUGUUGUACAUUUUAAAGGACAACGACUGGCUACCCUGGUCCUGAAUCUGUUGACUGGAGACUGUUGUACAUUUUAUAGGACAAAGACUGGCUACCCUGGUCCUGAGUCUGUCGACCGGAGACUGUUGUACAUUUUAUAGGACAAGGACUGGCUACCCUGGUCCUGAAUCUGUUGACUGGAGACUGUUGUGCAUUUUAUAGGACAAGGACUGGCUACCCUGGUCCCGAGUCUGUCGACAGGAAACUACUGUGCAAGGACUGGCUACCCUGGUCCUGAGUCUGUCGACCGGAGACUGCUGUGCAAUUGCUGAUUUAGGAAUAGAACUGCAUUCUGAUGGCAAUCACAGUGAAUAUAAAUGUCAUGCUGAAGUGACAAGUUCUGUAAGGGACACUUAAUCAGUUAUAUUUCAUGUUUGUUUUUUCUGUCUGGCAGGGAUGUGAAUGGUGAUCUCUAAAGUGAUUUGUUAAUUCAUCUCAAUAAAAUGUUCAACUUUUCGACAAAA